AUGGGAGACCGAAGACAACCAUUCCGCUUUAGACUACCUUGGUUAGCCCCUCAACGCUCUACAGAGCAACAAACACAACGCUUGCGUCCCACGUUAGAUGCUGUUUCGAGAGCACCAACAACAUCUGAACCUGCUUCUCGACCAGCGUUUAGACCUGCUGGCAGGGUGCCCGCUCAGCCUGCUGCUUCCCAGCCUCAACCACCUCCCAAAGCUGAACCUCAAUCAUCAUCUCCAUCACCAUCUCGUGUAGUCACCGAGUCCUCAAAAGAAACACCAUCUCGCGCUAUCAUUGAUGAAUCUCCAAAAGAAACAUCUUCUGCCUCAACAAUCAAAUCUCAAACACAAACUGAGUCACCAAAACAAACACCAUCUGUCCCAACAACAGCUAAAGCUCAAACAUCAUCUCCUGCACCUGCAGCCACUAAGUCUCCAAAGGAAACACCAUCUCCUGUGGCCAAUGAAUCCCGAAAAGAAACACCAUCAUCAACAACAGACAAAAUCCAAACACCAUAUCGUCCCAACGAGUCUCCAAAAGAAAAAUCAUCUCGCCUAGUCAAUGAGUCCACAAAAACCACUUCCCAAUCAACUUCCAAACCACCAUCACCGUCAUCUCCUGCAGCCACUAAGUCUCCAAAGGGAACACCAUCUCCUGUGGCCAACGAACCCCGAAAAGAAACACCAUCAUCAACAACAGACAAAAGCCAAACACCAUAUCGUUCCAAUGAGUCCACAAAAACAACUUCCCAAUCAACUUCCAAACCACCAUCACCAUCAAGUGCAGCUACCAAGUCUUCUAAAGUAACACAACCUACCACAAAUGGUAAAAGCCAAUUGUUGUCAGCUAGUACAACUACAGCUGAGUCCCCAAAAGCCAUUUCCCAAUCUAUCAAACCUCAAUCAGUUGAGGAUUCGAAAGUUGCUUCCCAAUCAACUUCUUCACCAUCCCAUGUAGUAGCUAAAUCUCAACUUAGUUCCAAGCCCGAGUCACCACCUCAAGUAAGGACUCAAAGUAGCACAACGUCACCUCCACAACGAGACACCAAAUCAAAGGCAAAUGCUGCUUCUCCUUACCAAUCUCGUGCAGCUUCUCAGUUUCAACCAGAAUCGGGAAAGUCACCUCAAUCUCAAUCCCCAACAUCUCAGCAUGCCCGGAUAGCUAAUUUGGAAGUUUCUUCUCCAACUGGGAAAGCUACUCAGCAAAAACCAAAGGUUGGCUCUGUGUCUCAAUCUCCAUCUUCUCUUGAGAAAUCGCAAGGCAAAACUCAAGCUCAAUUGUCAGCUUAUGAGCAAGAACCAGAGAGAGAGAAAAUUACAUCAGAAACUAAAAAGGUAAAGACCCCUCAAGAUGUUCCAGUCCAAAGGGAGCAGAAAGAAGUUCCAAUGCCUAUGGCAACAACAAGGUCAGUACUUUCUAAGGAAGUUGUCGAGGUAGCUGCUGCCCCACCCCAGAAGUCAAAUUUGAAUCCCCUACCUGAAUUAGAGAAACCUGAACAACUAAAGAAAAUUGCUGAACAUCCCAGAGAAGGAAAGUCAGACAAGGCAGUUCAUGAAGAGCCAGUCCAGAAAACAAUCAAUGGGCAUGUUUCAGCACCAAUUUCUGAAAAGGACACCACCAAGGACGUACACAAUGUUCCAUCUGAAGCACCAAAAAGGCAACAAAAGCAAGAAACUUCUGAUAGAAAGGAGACUACAACAACCACUAGUUUUAUUGCAAACCAUACAAAAGCUGGCAAGUCAUCACAUCCAACAGAGUUUCGAAAGCCUGUUUCGACCACAGAGGAAGAAGAAGUUCCUCUACAGAAGGAGAUUAGAGAAGGCAUGUCUAAGCUUGUUCAAAAGCUCACAAGUGGAUCCCAAGUUGAUGAAAAGCCAGUCACUGUCAUUACCUUAACUGGUGAUAAUAGAGGAGCAACAAUGCACAUGAGCUCUGAACCAGCUAAAAAGGAAGCAUCAGUUCACAUUCAUCGGGGCUAUAAAUCUAACCCUGAUGACAGCCCUGAAACUGAAACUGCCACUGAUGGAGAAGCAAGCUCAAGAGGAGAGAGGCACACAGACCAAAUGAAAAGAGAAGCUCCUUCACCAAAAGCUUAUGUUAACAACAAUGUACAGAGUGUCAACAACUCCAUUGUCUUCAAUGCUUCAAUCGAAGAAAGAAAUCCAGGUGUUCAACUAACUUACUCUCAAAACAUUGCUGAGGAAGUCAGGUCGAUGGGUAAAUCAAGCUCCAUGCAAACCCGCAAGGCUGAAGUUACAAUAACCCCUUCUGAGAAGCUUACUCAUGAACCCAAUGUCAGACGACGAUGCCUCAGAGGUCUCUUCAUGGAACCAAGCGACUCAGAUGAUCCAGAAAAGCCUCGGCGCCAUGGUUGUCGCUACAAGUGUGGGGAGAAAAAUGUAGGGGAAGAGUUCUAAUCAUGUAUCCAACGAAGACUCAUCUGCUGAUCAUGUAAUCUAAGCUUCAUAUAAAAUAUGUCUGUAUAUAAUAAAAAUCUUACAAUAAGAUUGGUGAGUGCAUGAGACAUUAAUGCAAGACAAUUAAGAUGGUCUGGCUCUGCCUAUUAUACUAUGAGAAAAAAGGCUAUCCACUGCA